CCACCACCCUCCAAGUCUCCAACCCUUCCAUUUCCUUCAUAUCUUCAUUUCUCCUUUCAUUCCAUCACUCUCACUUUCUCUCCUCUGUUUUUUCACUCACUCAUUAUUCACUCUCAUAUUUAAAGUAACACCACCAUCACCACAAAACUAUAACCAUUUCCAUCUUUCUCUGCUACGAUCCCCAAAGGGUUUCUCUCUCUCCUCUCUCAUCUCACUCCUAGAUCUGUUUUUGAAUCUGUUCAUUUUUGGGUUGUUUGCUGGAUCUGAUCAGGAAAAAAAACCGGCCAAAAUCUGGGUAACUUUGUUGAUUUUUGGUUGAGUUUUAACGGUAAAUUUGUUCCGGUUGUUGUGGUGGAAUACUCGAGAUCUAGAAGUUUCUGUUCCGGGUUUUGUUUAUUUGGUCUUGAAAGUUGUUGUUUGAUGCUUUAGAAAUUGGUUAUAUUUUGGUUAGAUCUGACAGUAGUUUGUUGAAAGAUAAAGAUAAAGAGAUUUGUAACAGAUUUGUGAUCAUAGUAACUUGAGAAAGAGGAGGAAAUUUGUCAGUGAUUUUGGUGAAAUUUGUGUGAGUUUUCUGCUGUUUAAGAUGGAAACCCUAGUAGUUGUUGCACACCACAGGAACCAAUAUUACAGUGGUAGAGGAAAGGGUAACAGUCCAAUGAGGUUUGGUUCAUCACCUACUGGUGGAUUUAGGGAUAUUAAUUGUAGGACUUUUGAAUCUGGGAUGGGUUUACUUCCUAGCCCUUGUAAGAGUUACGGCACUCCGGUGAUGAACCGGGGUUUCGUGUCGCCAAAAGUGCUAACCCCAUGUGCUAAGAGUGGUGGGAAAGCGAAGAGUGAGGAUGUCAAGAUUUUGAAAAACACGGUGAGGAGUAGCCCGAUCCCUAUAAACUUGAAGGGGGAUGGUAAGAAGGAGACAUCGGCGAGGGAAAGUCUGUCUUUCUCGGAGCUGUGGGCAGGACCUGCUUACUCGAACUCACCCCCUCCGAGUUCUCUGCCCAUGCCCAAGUUCUCUGUGAAACCAAAAAGAACCGUGUCACUUGAGCUGCCUGCUUUAGAGUCUGAUCUGAACUUGCAGCCAAUGCCUAAGUCGGCCCCUGCUUCUCCGACUCGUGAAUCUACUCGAUCACCCUUCAGUUUCCUGCGCGAUGAUGAUUCCGCUACUAAGACACUUCGCCGUAUCCUCAAUCUUGAUGUUGCUGAUGAUUGAGUAGAGGCUGGUAUGCAGCGCUAAGUACAUCUAUAGUAAUAGAUGUGUAUAUAUAGGGAAAUAAACUGCCUUUGAGUUAGGCUGAUUUCAAGUUCUAGUAGUUAUGGUAGAAAAGGCACAAGAUCACACAGUUGCAGCUGGUAGUCAACAGGCUUUUAAGUUCCUUACUGAUAAGUGGUGGUUUAUGUAGUUUUACUUGUUUGAUUGUAGAAGGAAGUAAUUGUGGAGGGGGUGUGGCAUUGUUGGGUGAUUAAUUUUCUCCGGAACUUCGGAGGUAGAAGAAGAGUGAAAGAUGUGACAAUUUAUUCCACGCCUAUGAGAGGUGGGUGAAUUAGCAAGCUCAUUUGUCCGUUGGACUUGUGAGGGGAAAUCUUUUCGACUUGGUUAGCUUGAUUUAGCCAAGUCUAGAUAAUUUCUUUAUCUAAUAUACGUCAAGUUACUCUGACCAUUACUCUUAGCUACAGUUUCGAAAUCUAACGUUUCUGUGUACAUUGUAGAGUUGUAGACUUCUGAACAUACUGGUUUCUUUGAUCUCUUGACUUUCUUCUUAUACCCUUUAUCCUCAUUGACUCAAAAAUUCUCUCUUCUCUUCUUCAUCUGAUAAUUUCUAGGUUCAUAAUUUUCUUAACUCUUACCAUACUCCUCUGUAGCUAAAUCUUUUAUUUUUCCUAGCCUUAAGUAGCUUUGCAUUAUCCUUUUGUGGAUAUUCUCUUUAGUUCUUAUUAUAUUCUACUUCUAGUUAGCUUCUUACUCUGGUUAACAGUAGUGUCAGGUCAUCUGUGCACGCCUUCAUUACUGGUUUUUUGAGAGGUAAAGAUGGCGUAGCACUUAGAAAAAUGCUUGUAGUCUCUCUUCUGCAGUCUGAACUUCUUUCUGUUAGCUUCAGUCGCACUUCCUCCCCUCAAUUUCUAGUCUUUCUUAGCAGACGAUGCUACCUCCUUUCCUUUCUUCGUAUGGCUCGUGGCAAUCUACAGCAUUCGUUAAAGUUGAUGAAUCAGUUGGUGAAGGAAGGAUCUGGAGCGUGCUUUUGAAAAUUACGUAGACCACGUGGAAUGGUCUGUUGUACGCUUUGCUGUUUUGGCUGUUCGUCUUGUGUACUUCGUAUCUUCAGUAUACCUAGUUUGUCGUAUGAACUAUGUUUCUUAUGCUUCUUCCUUGGUUAUGUAGUUGAACUUUCUUUUACGUUCUCAGAUCAAGUAUCGUUAUCAUUGUAGACGCUUGCUUUUAUAAAGUUUAUGCUAAGACUUUUUUU